ACUUCGUGAAUCGUGAUUCGUGUUCGGUUCCUCUUGAAGCCUUGAUAUGUCUGUUUUGUCAUUUCUUUGUUUUAUGUUGUCUGUAUCCCGUUUAUUUUGUGUUUAGCUUAUUUCUUUUUAAAUGUACUAGCUAUAAUAAAGAUUUGUGAUAUUAUAUUGCAUAUUGAAUUGAGUGUAUGUAGGACUGAAUUAGUGUUUCUUCAUUUCAAAACAAGUUAAUUUGUUAUUCACUUCCAACAAACUGUUAGUAUCUUUAUGACAUCAAGAUGAGUGCAAACGACACGGUUCAAGUUGCUAUUAGAAUCCGACCACUCGUUGAGAGUGAAAAAGAGAAAGGAAGUCGUGUUUGCUUAGAGUCACACCAUAAGGAGUCGCAAAUUGUUAUAAAAUCUUCUGGUGUGGGCUUUACUUUUAAUUAUGUUUUUGGACCAGAAUCACGUCAAGAAGAUAUCUACACAAACGCCGUAGAAGGGCUCAUAGAUCAACUUUUUAAAGGUUAUAAUGUGACUAUACUGGCCUACGGUCAGACAGGGUCAGGCAAGACGUUUACAAUGGGCACUAACUACGUUCCAUUUAGUGGUGCUGAGAAAGGCAUUAUUCCUCAGGCUGUCGAGGAUAUUUUCAAGAAAAUAGACUCUGAUCAGGAAUGGUCAUAUUUAGUAACGGCUUCCUUCAUUGAGCUUUAUCAAGAGCAACUGUACGACCUUCUCUCCGGAAAAUGUCGAGAACAAAGUGUUGUCGAUAUAAGGGAGGAUACUCGUGGCAUAUGCAUUCCCAACCUCACUGAGACCAGAGUAUGCUCUACUGAUGAUACCUUUGUAUGCCUUCAACAAGGUUCACUGUGUCGAGCUACUGGAGCAACUGCCAUGAACUCGCAGUCUUCCAGAAGUCACGCUAUAUUUACUGUGACACUGAACUUUUCGAAAAAAUCAAACAUUGAUGAAGCAAUGACAGCGAAAUUUCACCUUGUAGAUUUGGCUGGAUCCGAGCGUCCGAAAAAAACAAAAGCUACUGGCCAGACUUUCAAAGAAGGUGUUAAUAUUAAUAAGGGAUUGCUAGCAUUGGGUAAUGUGAUAUCAGCUCUUGGGGGUGGCAGCAACUACAUCUCUUAUAGAGACAGCAAACUCACAAGACUUUUACAAGACUCGCUGGGCGGUAACUCGCAGACAUUGAUGAUAGCCUGUGUGAGUCCAGCUGAUUACAACCAGGAAGAAACCCUGAGCACACUGCGCUAUGCCGAUCGAGCGCGCAAGAUCAAGAACAGGCCGAUAGUCAAUCAAGAUCCGGUUGCUGCUGAAAUGGCCAGGCUGAAAAAAGAGGUGGAACGACUCCAACUUCAAUUGUUAGAAAACGGAGGCGAGAGAGCGAUCAUGCAAUCGACUUGCCCACCAGAGCACCAGCAGCUUCUUGAAGAAAACACAUUCCUGAACAUGAAGCUGAAGAAAAUGACUGAAACCAUGUCUGAGUUGGUCUCUCAUAGCACAAAUCAAUUCGAAAGAGUUCUUAUGGAAGAGAAAACGAGAGAAAAAUUGACUAGUGAGCUUGAUCAGUUGAGCUCCAAGUUCAGUCAGACUGUGGAAACGUUGAACCAAACCAAGGACUUGACAAAUUUGGAGCCUUUGAUUGAUAUACAGAAGAAAAUAGAAGAGCUACAGGCCGAGUUCAAAAAGAGUGAAGAUGAAAUGCUGACUCAUCAAAUGGAUUCGGACCAAUCGACAUCUGCUGAAACGCCUCCCGUGAAUCGGCAUCUGAAUAUUGAUCAAAAUGAGAAGCCAACUCCUGGAACUCCGAAGGAAGAUACAAGGUCGAUUGAAAGCCAUGUUUUAGAACAGGCUGAACGCAGCAAACAACUUCAGCUUUUGAUGAAGGAUCUGGCGUACAAAGAGGAAUUGGCGAAAAAACUAUUAGCUUCCUCCACAUCAAUGAAUGAAACGAGUGGUGGCUGCGAGGCCCAUAUAAAGGAAAUGAAAGAUCAAAUUUCCGAAUUGCAGCAUGAGAAAGAUGAACUUGUCGAGCAGAUUAAAAGCUUGCAGCACAAUAAUGCUUCCAGCAAAAUAGCUGAGCAACGUAGAAAACGACUCCAGGAACUUGAGCAGAAGAUUAAUGCCCUCAAUAAGAAAGUUGUUGAACAAGCACGAGUGAUCAAAAUGAAAGAAAAGUCUGACUUGAAAAUUAACAACCUGAACAGCGAGAUCCUUGCGAUGAAACAGGCGAAAGUGCGUUUGAUCCAGCAAAUGAAACAGGAGGGCGACCGGUACCGAACGUACAAGGCGGCCAGGGAGCGUGAACUGUGCCAGCUGCGGGAGCAGGAGCGCAGACGUCAAAACCAAAUGAUCAGGAUGGAGAAUCUGCACAACAAGCAGCAGAAUGUGUUGAAGCGCAAAGUGGAGGAAGCAGCCGCGGUGAAUAAGCGGCUAAAGGACGCACUCGCCAUGAAGACGGCCGCCAAGCAGCGGCAGCUAGACAACGGCAAGGAGCGAAGUGUCUCCGCAUGGAUCGACCAGGAGCUCGAAGUCGUCAUCAGCACGGCCGAGGCCGAGAGGACGCUCAAGAAUCUCAUCACUGACAGAGAGUCGUUGAGCAAGACUUUGUCCGAGCUCAAGAAAAAUCUGCUGAAGGCUGACUUGGAUCCAAUGGAGAAGAAAGUCAUAGAGAAAGAAAUAGAAAACCUCACUAAUGACAUUGAUCUACGAAGUACGCAGAUCGCUGACAUGCAGCAGAAAAUAAUGGAUUCAAAUGAAGAGAAUAAAUCGAAAAGUAACUUCGAUCAACUUCAUACCAUGGGUGAGGCAAAAUGUGCCAUUAAACACCUCUUCACCCUAGCUGCUGAAGCUAAGAAAGAGUCUGCCUGCAAACUUUCCGUCUUUAACGAGUUGAAGGAAGCUAACGAUAUAGCUCAGAAGAAAUUGAACCUGUGCAAUAAACAGAUAGAGGACUUGAUUUCAAUGCAUCAGAAACAACUUCACGAAUUAGAAACAGAAAACGAAGAGAAGGUGUAUCUGCUGCUCAGACAGCUGAAUGAGAAAGACAAGAACGUGAGCACUUGUUCAUCGACGGAUGAGCAGCUGCUGGAGAGGAUGAAGAUACAGAAUGCUGAGCUCGAAAAGUUGGAUGAUCUCAGACAAGAGGUGGAGACUUUGAGAGAAAAGUGCUCUUCGCUGACAGCCCAGUUGGAAGCAUCCAAGUCUCAAAAGCCCAGAAACAAAUCAUUCACGAUAUCUAGGCGGGAUGUAGAGUCUUCACAAGUUGUUUACAAAGGCCUCCCGGAGGAUGAUGAGGAAGAGGAAGAAAGUGAUGAUGAAGGAGACGAUCCUGAUUGGAGGAAUACUCCCAUCAUGAAACGAUUACGGGCGUUAAAGUCGAAAGUGAAGACUGAAAUAAAAGGAGUGCCAAUGAAAAGAGGGAGCGACGGCGUGCCGCGAUGUGGAUGCUCCUCAGACUGUCAGCGACGCAACUGCGGCUGUCGCAAGGCCGGCAACCUCUGCUCCGAGCACUGCAAGUGCGAUCAAAACCUCUGCAAAAAUAUGAGCCGGAGUGGAAAUACGAGCAGCAAUAGCGACGAGAGUAUGGAGAAUAAAGAAAAUAGCUUAGAAGAUAACAAUUCCAGUAUUAUUGAUGUCAAAUGUAAUGAUAGCGCAGUAUUUAAAAAACCAAGGGUUUUAUCUCCUCUUCAAUGAUACUCAUUGAGCUCAUGAAUAGAAAUGAGUUAAUCCAUUUGAAAUGGCGAUUCUCAAGACAAUAGACUCAAGACUGAUGGAGACGUAUCUUUUGAAAAGCCGUAUGCCCUGUGUGUUCAGCACUAUGAUUGGCACCGCCGAAUUCGCAUUUACUUCAAUGACAAGCCGUCCGCAUUUACUUAUACGUCGACAACUUCCUGUUGGCUUUGUCAAACACAUAGUGUGGAUGUGAUCAUAAAAUUUUGUAAAUUUUAAUAUAUCUUGUUACUGAUGUGUUUUAUCAAACUCUAUCAUUGAUAUUUUCUUGAUAAUUAGAAUGGUUAGAAUAUUUCAGAUGUAGAUAUACUUUUUUAUACAUUAUUACUUAUAGGACCGUUUAGUAAUUUUAAUCUAUGAAAUUGCAUUUUUCGUGUAAAAAAUAGCUUUACUAGGAAUAAUCUUUUUUUACUUUCGAUGACUCAUACAGAUAAGUGUUAAAUUGUGAUGUCUUCUUUGUAAAUUCCCACACGAAGACAGUUUUCGACCUAACCAUGGAGGUGACAACUCUUUUGAAAAAUAGCAGCUGUUGUAUAUUUUUGGUUAUAUCUUAACAGUUAGGCUCAACUCACACUUACGCGACUCAGGAGGAGAAGAGACUCGAUUUUAGUCGAGAGCAUGACUGUGUUUCCAAAUGGUGACACUCAGACCAGUCGAUUCUAGUCUCCGCGACGUCACCAUUAUUGAUAACACAUGCUCUCGACUAAAGUCGAGUCUCUUCUCCAUCUGAGUCGCGUAAAUGUGAGUUGAGCCUUACAGUACUCUCUGAAAUGUCAGCUAUUUUGAACGCGUAGUAUUUUUGUGUUAUGUGUAUUAUUUUAUUUUUUAGUUAUGUGUAUUAUGUUUAUUUAUUUUAAGAAAUUGUCAAUGUAUUGGCUCUGCGAGUUUUCAGGAAUCUUAAUUCAAAUCGUGAUUGCAGUGCCUCCUUCUGAGUGAGAACACCUCUUUAAUCUCUUCCAUGUUUCUUUCAAAUACCAGUGGAAAUGCAAACAAUCUGCAUUUUACGAACAUUACUGCAUUUUUACGAACUCUGAAAGCUUUAUUAAUUGUAUUCAAUUGACUAUAUUGAAACUAAGAUAGCCUCAUCGAGCUUGUUGAGUUUCAUUUUAUCUGUUGACUGACUCAAUAUAUUUUGUUUCAGAUUGUCUACAUUUUUACUGUAUGAAUAUUUCACUGUGAUAACUAUAUUGUAUAAAAAUAUAAAAUUCUGUAUUUGAUUUUGCUUUACUCAUGCGUAAUUCUGUAUUCUUAAUUGAAAUUGUAAUAAUGGUUCUGUUAACUUAUUUAAAUUGUAUUGAUCUGAGCAUAUGCGCCACCUGGUACAAAUUAUCAAUAUUCUCUAAAUCCUUCUCAGUUACUAUUUUGAUUUUGUAAGACUGUAUAUUCUACCAUUUUGACACAAUUGUGUGUCUAAUUCUUUCUGUAAAUAAACUGUUCUCUAUAACU